AGAUAACUUACAUCAAAAUAAACUCUCUAGUAUAAAGUGUGAAAUAGAACUUUUCGGGUGCUGAUACAAUUUAUUGAUUGCAAUUAUUUGGCCAUAUUAAGUCUCCUGAUAAGAUGCGACGAUUUUGAUGUACAAACGAGAAAUACAAGAGGAAUCAAAUACAACAAUUGUUACGAGUUCUAAGGCGGCGAUGACGACAUUGCAACAAGACAUAAAUAUUAAUUAAUCGAUGGUGCUGCCGGCAUUUUUACUCCAGACAAUGCGACAUCGAAAAAUGAGAGACCACAUAUUAUGCCUUCGUCUCUAUAAAAUGAAUAGAUUUCGAAGACAAAUCACACAGCCUUCGUAGACUAGGUCGCGACUCGACACUUUCGUCCUUUUCCAUCCAAAAUGCAAUGUUAACGGCACUUGCAUUGUGACGCAGCUUUCAAGUUACCACCUGACCAGACCAGUCCUUCGCUAUAUGAUUCCUACAAUUAUUCGCACAUUUGAGGACAGACAAUUUUUGCGGGCAAUGGAAAUAAACACGGUAAUGUUCAUAUUAAAACCCCUCUGCAUUUUCCAGUAUUACAACAUAUUGCAGUUAGUGAAAUAGUCGGUAACAUGCUGUUAAAGGAGAUUGCUAUCGUGGCGGUUUUGGCAUCGUGUUUCUGCGUUUGGAAGGCGGAUGCAUCUCAAACAGAAUCGUUUGAUGUGAAAACCGUUAUCACUGCUAGAUUUGCCGAAACAACAAUUUCAAGUCAAGUUAGGAACGACAAGACCAGAAGUCAAGAAAUCAACUUUCAAGUCCUGUUACCAAAAGAAGCAUUCAUCUCUGGAUUUUCAAUGAUAAUAGACGGGAAAACAUAUGAUGCAAUUGUCGAGGAAAAAGUAAAGGCAGAAAAAGCGUUUCAGGCGGCAAAGGAACUUAAUAAGACGGCAGGUCUUGUUUCAACUAGAAAAGAAUCGACUAAAACAUUCAAAACAAGCGUAAACAUCGAAGCUGGAGAGAUGGUAGAAUUUCGUCUUGUUUACCAACAAUUAAUAAGGAGGAUCAGAGGGAAGUACAAACACCAAAUCAUCCUACUUGGUUCCCAACUAACAGAUUUAUUGAAGAUCGAAGUAUAUAUAUGUGAGAAACAACCAAUAAAAACUAUCAACGUCCCUCCGAUUCUAUCAAGUGACGGAAAGAACGUAACCGUAAAGACAGUUGUAGACAAACAAAGAAAUUCAGCACACGUCGAAUACUUGCAAGGAGAUAAUCAUGAAGCAACAAAAGCCUUGGCAUCUAGCGGAGGAAGUUUUGUCGUCGAAUAUGAACUUGAACCAACUCCUGACGCGGGACAAAUUGUACUGAAUAAUGGAUUUUUUGCUUACUUCUAUGCACCGGCAAUAAAAAUUGAACCACGACGUGUGGUUUUCGCAUUAGAUACAUCUGGUUCGAUGUCAGGAUACAAAAUAUCACAAUUGAAGGAAGCUAUGAUCAAUAUUGUUGAUAAACUCACCGAGGAAGAUAGGUUUUCUAUUGUCACUUUUUCAAGCGGCGUCACCACGUGGAAAGGAACAAACCGCUUGCAAAGUGGAUCUAGGACGAACAUCGAAGACUCAAAAAGUUUCAUUCGAAAUCUGAUAGCUGGGGGAGGAACCGAUAUCCAUGGCGCAUUGAAAAAAUCACUUGAAAUGUUAAAUAUUGAUGUGGGAAACGUUACAGUCGAUCGAUUAUCAAAUUAUAUUGUUUUUGUGACUGAUGGACAACCUACGUCAGGUGUGAUAACAGAUCCCUCUGGAAUUCUGCAAAACGUAGACUCUGCAAACACUAGAAAUUUUUCAAUUCACGCUAUCGGCAUUGGAUCUGGAGUUGACGCAGGGUUUUUAAAAUCUCUUGCUGCUAAAAAUAAUGGAACGUGGACACAGAUCCUUGCGGACCUCAAUGCGGCACUUCAGAUACAGAACUAUCUUGACGAACUGAGUGUUUCGCUACUGAAAGAUAUCGUCAUUGACUACCCCGAAGAUAUCGUUGACGAAUUCAUUGUUCAUAACAAAGAUUCUUUUCUUGCUGGCGGUGAACUUAUGGCUUUAGGUAGAUUCAAAGAAAACAUCGAUCCUAGAAAUCGAGGGCCACAUGUCAUCCAAAUAACAGGUAAUGCCGAGGGCGACGUAGUUCUUCAAGCACAAUUUUUUCUGGAUGAAAAGCCUCCUGGUUGUAGAGCCGUUCCCUCCAACGUUGUUAAAGAUUUUGGAAUGAAAUCGUUUGCUCUAACUGAUGUUGUUGAAACUCUUCGCCAAUAUGACGCAGAAACUGAUGAUAUCUUGAAAGAAGAAAUUAAAGAAUUAGCAAUAAAUAAAUCAAUCACUGCUGGACUCGUAACUCCUGUCACUUCAAUGCUCGUCAUCAAACCAGAAGACAAAAAAGAUAUUGAAAACAAAAUUGCGGAGGGAGAGAAUAAGCACGCAAAACAGGAUAUUUCAACAACUCCCGCGCCCAGACCAGCAGCUACCCGAAGUCCUGUUGCCACAACUGUUCCGUGGUGGCAAGUACAGGGUGAUCCGCAUUUCAUUAUACAUCUAAGUGAUUCUAUUACGACUUGCUUCAACUGGCUCGGAGAAAGUGGAGAGGUUUUCAAUUUGUUACACGACCCGAAACACGACAUCGUUAUUAACGGGAUGGUAGAUGGACCUGACUCAGUAUCGAAGAAAACUUAUGCAAUUUUCAUUACCAAGCUCGUCAUCUUACUAAAAAAAGAACAUUUGGCUAUAACGAUAAAUGCUAGAGAAACAAUUGUCCGUGACAAUUCAAGUGGAAACAAAAGAAAGAGAGAUUUGAAGUUGCCGAUGGUCAAUGUUGCAAGUUAUCAAGCAGUAUAUGGUCACGUCAUCUUCAGAAUUAGUAACGUUACCGUCGCGCAUACAAUUCUCAACGUCACUGUAGCUGAAAACAUCAGUUUCAUUGUCAAUUUGCAUCAUACUUCUGCAACGCACCAAUCUAAAGACGUUGCUCAUUUGGAUUUAAUGAUUUCUGGAACUGAAAUGCUGUCACCAGAUGUUGGGGGAGUGUUUGGAAGAUUUCCUCGCAAGCAAUUAACUGGCGAAGAGAAUGUAGCAAGUAUUGAAACUUCUGGAUCCAAAACAUAUUUAUGGUACAGAGACCAAGUGACUCCUGUAACCAAGACCUCAAUGAUGGUACCUUAUCUUCACAAGAAGGUUGAAUGUUGGUUUGUUGCAAAACCAUCUGCAAUACUAGGAGCUGCUCUCGAUUCAUUCAAAUUAAAUUCUUUAGCGUCGCGUCCACGUAAACAGAUACACGAACGCUAAUUACUUGAAAUCAUCAAUUUUUUUUUCUAGUGAAUGUAGAACUAUAUUCCUUUCAAUCAUGGCGGUUUGUAUUUUUUAAUUAUGAUUGUAAUAGAAUUAUUUUUAAUGCGAUACGACAAAAAACAAUUGAUAUAUAUAUAUAUUUUAUGCAUGUUUCAUAUACUGCAAUAUCAAUGAAAUGAUGGCGAUAGCCACCGAUAAUAUCCUUAUAUGUUUGCUCUGGGUAUUACUCAAAGUGCAUCCAGUUAAAAUAAAGAAUAAGAAGAUACUGCAAUGAAUAUCUGACAAGAAUAUCGUCACCGCAAAAGAAAAUCGGAAUACCAUUUACUUUGUGUAAACUUGAUUGCUUUUUAGAUUUUAAAUAUAUACUAUAUAUACCAUUUUUGCUUUCAUGCGAUAAAUAAAAAAGGUUAAUGCAACAUU